AUGAACAACGACGGCGUCGGUGGUCGCUUCUGGCGAAAACAGAAACUCGGAUCUCGCGACUUUAGCCUCCAGGAACGCAGAGAGGGUGAGGGCGAUGGUGAUGGCGAUGGCAGCAUCCACCAGGGCGCGUCGACCGAAUAUCGAACAUAUAAACGCCGCUGGUUCGGUCUUGCUCAACUGACGCUCAUGAACAUCAUUGUCUCCUGGGAUUGGAUGACCUUUGCGCCUGUAUCUUCACAUGCUUCCACCUACUACGAUGUCAAGACCUCGACCAUUAAUUGGAUCAGUACCGCCUUCUUCUUGGCCUUUGUGGCCGUCUUUCCCAUCAGCAUUGCAAUCCUGCACCGUGGACCCAAGCUGGCUUUCAUGACUGCUGCUGUCCUCAUCCUCAUUGGAAACUGGAUUCGAUAUGCUGGCUCUACCAAGGCCAGUGGUGGAAACAUUGCCUAUGCUAUGGCUGGAGAGAUUAUCAUUGGAUUCGCUCAACCUUUCAUUCUCGCUGCCCCAACUCGUUACUCGGAUCUGUGGUUCACCAAUCGUGGCCGUGUAGCAGCAACGGCCCUCACAAGCUUGGCCAAUCCCUUUGGUGCAGCCUUUGGACAGUUGAUCACACCUUUCAUGGUCAGCAAACCUAGUGAUGUAUCCAGCAUGGUUCUCUAUGUCUCCAUCAUUCUAACAUCUCAGUCAACCGUCUGCUCUGUCCCUGCUUUCUUCGUCCCGGCCAAACCACCUACGCCUGUUGGCCCUGCUGCCGAGACCCCCAAGCUCAACCUACGCGAUUCACUCACCGUUGUCUCUCGAUCUCUGGAGCUCUGGCUGAUCCUCAUUCCGUUCUCCAUCUAUGUUGGCUUCUUCAACUCUCUUUCCUCUCUGCUUAACCAGAUGAUGGAACCCUAUGGCUUUUCCGACGAUGAGGCCGGCAUUGGUGGCGCCGUUCUGAUUGUGGUUGGUCUUGUUGCUGCUGCCAUUUCAUCACCCAUUCUGGACCGCACAAAGAGCUUCCUACUCGCCCUCAAGGUUCUCGUUCCUAUCGUUGGCCUCUGUUACCUGAUCUUUAUCUGGAUGCCCGAGACGCGUUCUAUUGCUGGUCCCUAUGUUGUUCUCGCGCUUCUCGGCGCGUCGUGCUUCUCUCUGGUCCCCGUCGCUCUCGAGUAUCUCAUCGAAUUGAGUCACCCUCUCAGUCCAGAAGUUACCUCGACUAUCGCCUGGGCUGGCGGCCAGCUCUUCGGAGCCAUCUUCAUCAUCGUCAGCAACGCUCUUGUCGCACCCAAGGAUGCCAACCCACCCGAGCAUAUGAAGAAGGCCCUGAUCUUUGAGGCGGUUGUGGCCUUGGCCGUGGUACCCCUGCCGUUGUGUCUAGGUCUCUUUGGUCGACACGACAAGUUAACUCUACGCCGUAUCCGCUCCGAUGAGGAGAAUCGGUCACGGACUACUGUUACAACUGUCAACCCCUGA